GUAGGGGUUUUUCGCCUUUUCGGCUGGUAAGCUUCAAGAAAUUAACUUAGUUUCUAAGCCCCGCAAAAACUUGGCUGAAUUACAAAUCAAGGUGGAAGGGAGAUAAAGAUUGCAUCAUUGCAGCUUUUACCCUGCAGAUCGUUCUCGGUCUCCAAUGCUUAAAUUACUGUCUACUUCCUGCCGUCAAGGGAGAUCGGGGUUUCCAUGCAGUAGGUUCCCUGACGGCGCUGCCAACGGGGCGCUCGAGAAGAGCCCCUUGUUUCGAGUUAUUCGUUCUUUAAGGAGUUAUACUGGCGAAAAAACUCUUUUUCGGCUGACCGCUUCAUUCAGCUCGGAUUCUGGGGAGGGGGAUGGCGACGCGGCUAAGUCGGUGGAUGCUAAGGCGGUGGAGGAAGCGGAGUACGCGUCUACCGGAGCGGAGGCGGAGGAGGCCAAGGCAUCUUCAGCCAUAGUGCCUACGAUUCCCCGGCCAGAGGAUCACCUGAACGUUAUGGUCGUGCCACUCCCACAUCGGCCUCUUUUCCCUGGAUUUUACAUGCCAGUCUCCAUCAAGGAUUCUAAACUUCUGUCAGCUUUGGCGGACAACUGUAAAAGAUCAGUUACAUAUGCCGGUGCUUUUCUUUUCAAGGAUGAGCCUGGAACUGACCCUAGUCUGGUGUCUGGUACAGAAACUGGGAAAAGCAUCUAUGAAUUCAAGGGUCAAGAAUUGUUUAACCGCCUACAUGACAUUGGUACCCUGGCUCAGAUAAGUAGCAUCCAAGGAAAUGAGGUUUAUCUCCUUGGUCACCGUCGUCUACGAAAAACGGAGAUGGUUGAUGAAGAACCUCUUACAGUUAAAGUUGAUCACCUAAAGGAAUUGCCCUAUAACAAAGAUGAUGAUGUGAUAAAAGCAACCUAUUUCGAAGUUAUUUCAACAUUAAGAGAUGUUUUGAAGAUAAGUUCAGUUUGGAGAGAAUACGCCAAAACAUAUUCUCGGUACAUUGGAGAAUUUACAUAUGGAAGGCUAGCAGAUUUUGGUGCUGCUUUAUCUAUGGCCAACAAGUUACUUUGCCAGCAAGUGCUUGAAGAACUAGAUGUGCACAGGCGCUUGAAGCUCACACUAGACUUAAUCAAGAAAGAGAUUGAGAUCAAUAAAAUACAGGAAUCAAUUGCUAAGGCUAUUGAGGAAAAAAUAUCUGGUGAACAGAGACGCUAUCUUCUAAAUGAGCAACUAAAAGCAAUUAAGAAGGACUUUAUUCCAUUGAUCCAGGAGCUUGGUUUGGAAACUGAUGAUAAAACAGCACUUUCUGCAAAGUUUAGAGAAAGGAUUGAAUCAAAAAAGGAUAGAUGCCCUCCUCAUGUAUUGCAGGUUUUUGAAGAAGAACUUGCAAAGCUGCAGUUGUUGGAAGCAAGUUCUAGCGAGUUUAAUGUUACUCGUAAUUAUCUUGACUGGCUUACUGCUUUACCCUGGGGAGACUACAGCGAUGAAAACUUCGACGUUCAUAAUGCACAAAAGAUUUUAGAUGAGGACCAUUAUGGCUUAUCUGAUGUGAAGGAAAGAAUUCUGGAAUUUAUAGCUGUUGGAAAAUUGAGAGGAACCUCACAUGGGAAAAUCAUAUGUCUUUCCGGUCCUCCUGGAGUUGGUAAAACUAGUAUUGGACGUUCAAUUGCACGUGCGCUGAACCGCAAAUUUUAUAGGUUUUCUGUGGGAGGCUUGGCUGAUGUUGCUGAAAUCAAGGGUCAUCGUCGAACCUACAUUGGUGCAAUGCCAGGAAAAGUUGUCCAAUGCUUGAAAAGCGUUGGAACAGCUAAUCCUCUUAUUCUAAUUGACGAAAUUGAUAAGUUAGGCAGAGGACAUGCUGGUGAUCCAGCAAGUGCUCUGUUGGAGCUUCUUGAUCCUGAACAAAAUAUGAACUUCCUUGAUCACUAUUUAGAUGUUCCUAUCGAUCUCUCAAAAGUGCUCUUUGUUUGCACAGCUAAUGUGAUUGAAACUAUUCCGACUCCUCUCUUGGAUAGAAUGGAAGUAAUUGCGAUUGCUGGUUAUAUAACUGAUGAAAAGAUGCAUAUUGCAAGGGAUUACCUGGAGAAGGCAACUCGUGAAGCCUGUGGUAUCAAGCCUGAACAAGUGGAAGUAACAGCUGCAGCUCUACAUGAACUUAUAGAAAAUUAUUGUCGAGAGGCUGGUGUGCGUAAUUUGCAGAAACAAAUUGAGAAGAUAUACCGCAAGAUAGCUCUACAAUUAGUUCGGAAGGCAAUUUCAAUUGAGACAUCUGCGGCUGCCAGCAUUCAGCCUGGUAAACUUGAGCAAUAUAAUGAACCAUCUAAAGAAGAUCUUAUUGAAGAUGUUGAUGGUUCUCUAAGCUUUGAAAAAUCAGAUAGUGAUCCAUCUAGUGAAAAUGUUGAUGCUGCUGCUACUGCGGAAUCCAAAAAUAUAGCUAAUCCUGAACAAAUUGGUGAAACUUGGGAGGAGGUUGAAAUGGCAGAAGUUGAUCUAUCCCCUGACCAAACUACAAGAGUUGGCGAACAAAUUAACUCAAAGGUCGAUGAAGUGAUUGAUAUAGGAGAAAAAGCUGGUGGUGAUACUGAGGUUGAUAAAGUUGUAAUCGAUGUUUCAAAUUUGGUUGAUUUUGUGGGUAAACCAGUAUUCCAUGCUGAUAGAAUUUAUGAUCAAACUCCGAUAGGAGUCGUUAUGGGGCUAGCAUGGACUGCUUUGGGCGGAUCUACACUAUAUAUUGAAACAACGCUAGUUGAGCAAGGAGAAGCCAAAGGUGUACUUCAUAUUACAGGUCAACUUGGAGAUGUUAUGAAAGAGAGUGCCCAGAUCGCCCACACAGUUGCCCGAGCAAUUUUGCUUGAGAAAGUUCCAGAAAACCCAUUUUUUGCAAACUCAAAGCUUCAUUUGCAUGUACCUGCCGGUGCAACGCCCAAGGAUGGGCCGAGUGCUGGCUGUACCAUGAUCACAUCAUUGCUCUCUCUUGCAAUAAAGAAGCAAGUAAGAAAGGAUUUAGCAAUGACCGGUGAAGUUACAUUGACUGGGCGCAUUCUUCCCAUUGGUGGGGUUAAGGAGAAGACUAUAGCUGCAAGGAGAAGUGAGGUAAAGACAAUCAUAUUCCCUGCUGCAAAUAGAAGAGAUUUUGAUGAGCUUUCAGAUAAUGUGAAAGAAGGUCUUGAUGUCCAUUUUGUUGAUGAUUACAGUAAGAUAUUUGAGCUUGCUUUUGGAAGUAUUGACAGCUCUAAAAGCUAAUUGAGGAGGUUUCAUAUCUUGUCAUAUUGCACUGAAUUACAACACCCUUGCGCCACCAUACAAUUUUUUUUUUCUCCUAGGUUACAAUCUCAUAACAGAUUUUUUUUCUCCCUUCUAUUAUUUUAUCAAUAUUAUCUCAAUCAAAAUUUUGUAUUAUUCUUUGUUUGUUAAGGCAUAGUUUAUGAGCCGAAUGAUAAUUUAAAAUUAUGAUUGCUCGGAAGUUCACUAUGUUGCUUCUGACACAUUCAUUUUGUAAAAACUUUUGGAUUUAUGUUAUGAUUAGUCGAAAAGUUUUAUACUAGUUAUCGACUAA